AUGGUGUACCGGGGCAAGCCUUCCGCUGGCUGCGAGCAGUGCCGAAAGGCCAAGAAGCGCUGUGACUUGGGCCAGCCUGCAUGCUCGCGGUGUGCCAAGUUGAAGAAGCAGUGUACUGGUUAUAGAGACGUCUCCGAACUGCAGAUCCAGGACGAAAGCGAAUCGACCAAGCUCAAGGCGAAUCGACAAAAGGCUCGAAACUUGGCUCCGCCGACCACAACAAACAAUGGCAUUCCCACACCAGCAACAAACGCCCCAACCCCAAACAGCGACUCUUCCUCUUCUAGUGACGACAUAAUAGACCUACCGCCGCACGAAACUUAUCUCAUGUUUGGCUUCGCUGAAGCACCUGUUGAUGAGGACGUCCAAAACUUUGAGUCCCUCUAUGGACUUGAGCAGGUUGGAGUACCGAGCACCCUCAGGCCCAACGUGGACGAACUCGCGACUACCUACUUCUUCAAUCAAUUCACAUCCCAGAAUGGACACUGGACAUGGCUACGGGAUCAAGCAAGACUUUCCAACAUGGACCCUGUCCUGGAGUUGGCCAUACGUGCGUGUGGUAUUGCAUCAUUCGACAACGUGCAACACAUCAUACAAGGUCGCGAAUACUCACGGAAAUUGUAUGGAGAGGCUCUAGGUCUUCUGAACUCGGCAUUACGGGACCCAAAACGAAGCAAGACGGACGAUAGUCUUGUUGCCGUGGCCAUGUUGGGAUACUAUGAGAACCUCACUUGUGACAGCCGAGACUCAAUACUGUCGUGGAAAGCACACAUCAAAGGAUCGACCCAGCUGCUCAAAUUAAGAGGAAAGAAUCAAUUCAAGACGCAGACAGGAAGGAUGCUCUUUCGCGAGACUCGUUCCCAGAUUCUCAUCAACUGCAUAUGGGAAGAUGAAAGCCCGCCAGAUUUCUUGUACGAAUGGGAGCAGGAACUCGAAGAACUGAGCCCAAACCGCCAACAAGUCGCACCCUUAGAUAAACUGACCAUCAUAUGCUGGGACUUCUCCGCUCUGCGGUCCAAGGUGCGGUACAACAAAACAUCCGACGCCCAUGCGUUGGAUGAGGCCGCACAGAUCGAAAUGCGCAUGAUCGAAUGGUCUAUUGAAACCAUGGCCAAGCCAGCCUGGCAAUACCACGACCUCGAAGUUGAAGAAUCCCCUCACGUCUGGAACGGCGUCGUACACUCUUACACCGUUCACCCGGCCGCCGGUACCUGGAACACCUACCGCAGCAUGCGAAUCAUGCUCACCCGGACGCAAGAAUAUCUCUACCGUCGCAUCCACCCUAGCCCCGAGAACGACUCUGGCCAAUUCAAGUACUUCCGCAGCAUACGCCGCCAGAUGGCUGACGAGAUCUGCCUCGCCAUCCCCACGCAACUUGGCCACGCCUCCCCGGCUUACAACUCCCCAUGUAUCCUCAUCACAGCGUACAUGUCCAUCUGGCCACUCUUCUUCGCGGGGACUUGCGCGCUCGAACGCAUCGGCACCAAUGCCUGGAAGGAAGCAAUGAGCGGCGACCUCCUCCCCACGACCUCCGCUGCCGCCAGCCAAGCCUCCUGGGUCAUCGGUCGAAUGCAAUACAUUUCCCAACACGUGGGCAUCCACUGGGCAGACGGGGUAGCAGCAACUUUGCGCGGCGAGUUCGUCAAUGCCGAGGAGAUGGGACAACCUGAUUACUUGGAUGACAUGAAUUUGAAGACGUACUGGCGGGACCGACUUGCCCAUGCAGGUCCGAAAACGCCGGCAUGGUUGAAGAAGAUUGAAGCCUCUGGGAGGGGCCCGAGGAUCUUAAAUGAGCGAGAAAAUGCGUUGAGUGAUGCUACACAUCAGCCUAGAUCGGAGUUUGGGCCCAUCUGGAUUGGAGGCAGUAGGAAUGGGGAGUUGUACUUGUAG